AUACCAUGGAGCAUUGCUCAUUACAUUUUUUGUAUUAAGUUUGGAAUGUCAGGAAUUACAGUGAGGCAGCUUCCAGCAAUAGAGACAAUGGAGCAGAUUAGAUCACUUACCCCAUCCAAAAAACACACCCCCAUCCAUGGCCCCAUUCAGUGUUGGCGUGGUCUAAAUGUGCUGUGUCUCUAAAAGUAGAGGAACUGAAAGAAAACUACGGAGUUACUCAUUGAAUAUGAAGCACUUUGUAAUGACCUGACGAGAGGGCGUUGCCUAAACAUUUAAAAUUGACGCAAACUAAAGUGACUGUUACACAUAAAAAGGACACAAACGUUUGCAUUCAGUCAAUAAGCAGACGCUUUUCUCCAAAGCGACUUACAAUUGAGGAGCAAUUCAACAAGAACAGCUACAAGGAGGAUCAUUAAACAUCUGAAAGAACAGAAGAAUGGCUGAAGCGGAAGGUCUUGCUGACUGGAUGUCCAAAUUGAAUGAGACAUUCACAACAGUCCCCUUGAGCCAUAUUGCAAUUCCAGGCAGCCACGAUGCUAUGGCCUACAGCUUAGACAUGGACUCUCCAGUCCUGGAACCUGACAGUCUCAAACCUAUGGACAACAUGUUCAGUGCAUUCUUAAGGCCCAUUGUCAAGAAAUGGGGCACCGCUCAGGAUAAAACCAUCUCUGAGCAGCUUGAUGCUGGUACGCGCUAUUUUGAUCUGCGGGUUGCUGGAAAGCCUGAAUCCAGCGAUUUCUUCUUCUAUCAUGGAUUGUACACAACGAUGACUGUGAAGGAGGCAAUGACUGAACUGAAGACAUGGUUAGGACAGCACUCUAAGGAGGUCGUCAUCCUUGCUUUCUCACAUUUCAAGGAAAUGUCAGCCGAUCAACACACAGACCUGACCAACUUCCUCAAAGAGCACUUCAAAACCAAACUCUGUCCUAAGGCUAAAAUGCCUUCACUGAAGGACUGCUGGGAAAGUAGCUAUCAGGUUAUCCUCUCUUAUGAUGACAGAAAUAUUGAGGAUCCUGUUUUGUGGCCUCGAAUCGGGUACUGGUGGGCUGAUAAUUCAGACCCCAAUGAGGUCAUUUCAUUCCUCGAUAACAAGAAACAGACAGGCAGACCAGAGGGAUUGUUUGUUGCUGGUCUCAACCUGACUUUUGAUGCGAAUGACAUGCUCCAGUACCUCACAACAUCAUUAAAGGAGAAGACCAUGACGGCUUACCCUCUGUUGCUGGAAUGGGUGAAGGAGCAACACCCAGGCUCGGGCACACAAAGCAUCAACAUCAUCGCUGGAGAUUUUGUUGGCGUGAACAGCUUUGCUCACGAUGUCAUUCAGCUCAACAAUGCCAAAAACUAGUUCUUGAAGAUCUAGUGCAGGGGUCACCAAUCUCGGUCCUGGAGGGCUGGUGUCCCUGCAGGGUUUAGCUCCAACUUGCCUCAACACACCUGCCUGGAUGAUUCAAGUAUACCUAGUAAGACCUUGAUUAGCUUGUUCAGGUGUGUUUGAUUAGGGUUGGAGCUAAAAUCCAGUUUGGUGACCACUGAUCUAGUGGUAGAUACUGUUACAUUUCGUGAAUGAAAGAAAGAAUAUAUAUUGUAGUCUGUUAAAUGGGGGUGCAAUAAAGUGCUGCAGAGAUGACAUGUUUUGUUGGCCAAAAUAUUGAAAUGUCAGCAUUUUUGUUUUGAUGUCAGUGUAUUUUUUGAAUGCUUUUUGGGGCAAGGCCUGAGAUAAGGUCUCUAAUGACAAGUGCAAGAUAUAGUCAUGCUUUAUUAAUAAAAUAAAUAAAAAAAUACCAUCAGCAAACCUUCAUCUUAUGAUUUUUUUAAAACUUCUACUUGUCUUGAUUGUGCUUGCUGACAAGUUGCUAAAUGGGACCACAGUGGCUAAUGCGUUAAAUUUAAUCUAAACUGGAAAACUCCCUAGUCCACUUUUACAGUCUUGGAAUCAACAUGUACUGU